AUGGUGUCCUUCUGGCCAUGGGGGAGCAACGACUCCUCCCCGGCCUCAUUCGAGAAGACUCUCUCCACUCUAUCCAAGAAAAUCGCAGCGACCCAACUGCAGCUCGAUAAAGUGCGCUCCAACUCGCGCCGCGUUAAAGUCUUGUGGACACUCUACCUUUCCUUUGUUUACCUGGUUUACGCCAUCGUGUUGAUGCUUGUCGUCGGAUGGCAAAAUCUGGGACCAUGGGAGUGGACUGGAACCGCAGGUGGCCCUGUCCUCAUCUACCUGAUUCGCACUAUUACCGCCACUUACUUCACCACACGAAUUGACAGCCUUGAGAGCCGUCUCAAGGACCAACAUUCCGAACGCGCCGCUACCAUCCAGAAGCUCAAAGAUGCUACAAGAUACGACUCUACACAGGAACUUCUCGAGAAGUACGGCGGCGAGAAGCCCAAAGGCAAGAAGAAAAUGUCACAUGACGAUGACGAUAGCUCCCACGAGAACAAGGACAGAAAAGGCAGCCAACAGAACGCGGGGCCUGGCGCUAGUCCAGGCGGUCGUACGAACCUUCCUCCUCCACCGACGGCAAACAUCCAACGCCCAGGCUCUGCUGCUGGCACGCCGCACAAUCAACAUCAGCAACAGCACCCGCAUUAUGGACCGUUCUCCCCACCGCCUCACAAAGCUCCCUCGCCCUCGCCCUCUCAUCAGUAUUCCACCGCCGAGUUCGCACCUAACGCCAGCAAAGAGCUGCCCGCGUCCUACGCGCAAUUCGACUACACUCCUGGUCCGCCAAGGUGGUAUGACCGCGUUCUCGACUUGAUGCUGGGUGAAGACGAGACAGCACCCAAGAACCGUAUUGUUCUCAUCUGCGGUAAAUGUCGCCUUGUAAACGGUCAAGCGCCACCGGGCACUAGAUGUCUAGCGGAUAUGGGUCGAUGGAAGUGCAUGAGUUGUGGCGCUAUGAACGGGGAGAUGGACGAGGGGCAGAAGAUUGUACGCGAGGUACUAGGUGAUGCUAGAUCCGAUGGCGCGGGCGAGAGGAAUAGCGAAGGCAGCAAUUAUGCUGUAAAUGUCGAAAGACCUAGUAAUGAGGAUGAAGAUGGCUUCGGAAGUGAAGAUGAAGCUGUACCGGUGGUUGAGGAGUCGAAACUGAAGCAACAAGCGGGUAGGUUGGGGAGCAACAAGUCGCAAAUGUUUUUUUGA